CAUACAAAAGCAUUACCCCAACAAACCUCUUUAGUUAAACAUAAACAAUACCCAGAAGUCAAUGGCAACUCAAGACGAGGAACAGUUUGAAGAAGAGGAAGGAGCGGAAGCGACCCUAGCACUAUGCAGUGUUGGCAGAAAAAGGUUGUUCAGUAAAGAACUCCGUUGCAUGAUGUACGGUUUCGGAGAUGACCAAAAUCCUUACACGGAAAGCGUCGAUAUUAUUGAGGAUUUAGUAAUAGAAUUCAUAACAGAAAUGACACACAAGGCAAUGGAGAUUGGUCGAACUGGUCGAGUGCAAGUUGAGGAUAUUGUGUUCUUAGUACGUAAAGAUGCGCGCAAGUAUGCGCGAGUUAAGGACUUGCUCACUAUGAAUGAAGAACUGAAGAAAGCGAGAAAAGCUUUUGAUGAAGUUAAAUAUGCCGAUAAAGAUGCUGCAAUUACUUAAUAAAUUAAUCACAAGUUGUCUAUUGUUGUCUUAGCAGAGUAUAUACAAUCGUUAAUUCCUACACCACUAAAUGAGUUACCACAUAAGCUUAA